AUGGUGAGGGUGAAGGACAAAGCCGGGUGGGUACAAUGGGCUAUGUCUCCGAUGGGGAAGGGAAGAAAGCGCGAGGUUGGGAAGGAAGGCGCAGAUGGCGGGUGCUCCUUCCUUGGCGCAAUGCACGCGCGGAACAUCAACAAGACCCCUGCUAACCGCUGGCCCCGCCAAACCAAAUACGUCAAACACGCCAACGCCUGCCAACUCGAAAUGCUGCCCGUGUCACCAAAUCAAUUCGUCUAG